AUGAAGGACGAUGAGUCAAUCCAGGAUAUGCACACUAGUUUCACCUCUAUUAUCAAUGAGCUUCAUUCUCUUGGCGAACUAAAGAUUUGGAUUGGAAAUCUCAAAACCUAUGAGGUGAAGAAAAAGAAGGAGCUUGAAAUAUGGGAGCCAAAGAAAGAGAGGAACCUGGUCCUUAAGGCGGCUAAAAGUGACUCAAGUGGUGAUGAAUCUGAUAUGGCCUACAUUACAAAAAGGUUUCGUAAGAUGAUUCGUAAAAAUGGUGGAUUCUUCAAGAUAGGAAGCUCCACCAAGAACUUCAAACAGAAUGACUUAUGUCACAAAUGUAGGAAGCCGGGUCACUACAUUAAGGAAUGCCCUUUUCACAAGCAAAAGUACUACAAGAAUGCUGACAAGGGAGCUUUAGCUUCUUGGGGAGACUCCUCUUGUGAGUCUGAAGAUGAAGAUACAGGGGAUACCUCCAUGAUGGCUAUUGAAGAUGAACCUGCGAACUAUGAGUCCACUUUUGCACUCAUGUCCAAGUCGGAAGAUGAAGAUGACAAUGGAAAUGAAAAGGUAAAUUUCUUUGAUGUUCAGAAAAAUCUAAAAAAUUACUCUCAAAAGAAAUUAAUAUCUCUUGCAAAUGUGCUAAUUGAUACCUUUCAUAGCCUUAUCAAUGAGAAAAAUGUCUUAAAUGAAGAUAUUGAAGGUUUAGAACAAAUGAACAAAUGGGUGAAUACUCCUUCUAAGGGAAAACAAGUGGGAAGUGAGAUUUAUUUUGAGCUUGAUAGUGAACUCAAAAGGGCUAAAACGAACCUCUCUAUUCAUCUAGAAAGAAAUAGAGAACUUCAAGAAGAUCUAAGCCGUGUGAAAUCUGAACUUGAUAAAUCUCUUCAUUGGACCUGCUCCUCUGACAAGGCCAGAGUGAGAGGGAGCAGUCAAAAAUGGUUUGUGGAUAGUGGCUGCUCAAAGCACAUGACUGGAAGGAUGGAAAAUUUUCUCUCACUCAAGGCCUUGAAAGGUGGGAGUGUGUCCUUUGGUAAUGGGAAGAAAGGAUAUAUUCUUGGCAUUGAUAAAAUUGGAAAAACACUCUCCCAUGCUAUUGAAAAUGUUUACUAUGUGAAGGGUUUAAGUUACAGUCAGCUGAGUGUGUCACAAAUAUGCAAUAGAGGAAACAAAGUGGAGUUCUUGUCUCAUGUGUGCACUAUUACUAAUCUCAAAAUCGGAGAUGUGGUACUAACUGCAAAAAGAUACAAGAACAUCUAUGCAGCAGAUUUUGGCUCAUCUGAUGAUGGUGAUUUGACUUGUCUUAGUACUGUGGAUGAUAAUACUGAGCUGUGGCACAAGAGAUUGGGACAUGCAAGCUUUACCUUGCUGAACAAAUUGGUGGCAAAGGACCUGGUCCGUGGGCUACCAAAUGUCAAGUUCAAAGAUCACAAGGUGUGUGAUGAAUGCAUAAAAAGAAAGCAAGUCAGAACCUCCUUUAAACCAAAGAAGGAAGUAAUCACCUCUACGCCACUUGAACUUCUUCAUAUGGAUCUUUGUGGGCCUAUGAGGAUUCAAAACAGAGGUGGAAAGAAGUACAUUUUUGUGAUUGUUGAUGACAUUUCAAGAUUCACUUGGACCUUGUUUCUAAGAACCAAGGAUGAAACACUCCUUGUUUUUGUAGCCUUUGUGAAAUAG